AUGUUUAGUGUACAAACGAAAAAGAACAGGCCUCAGAGACCCCAGAGAGUUGAACAGUUAGUAAAAGAGGAGGGUGAGAUGUCAGACAAUGAGGAGUUAUGUGAGCAGUUUAAGGAAGUUAAGUGGAUGGAAUGGUGCGAAGAAGUCAUGGUUGAUGAAAUUAAAACUCUGAAACGCCUUAACAAGCUGCAGACUACCAGUGCUGACCUUCCGAAGGACAAAGUGCUUUCGAAAAUUCGGAACUAUUUACAACUCAUUGGACGGAAAAUAGACCAGAUUGUCUUAGAAUACGAGGAAGAGCGUUAUAAACAAGAUAGGAUGAUGACACGAUUAUGGAAUUAUGUUUCUACUUUUUCAAAUUUAUCUGGUGAGAAACUUCGUCAGAUUUAUUCAAAACUUAAACAGGAGCAGGAAGAAGAUGCGGGCAUUGGACCCUCUCAUGCCAAUGGCACUGCAUAUUGUUCUGUUGACAAAGAUGGUGAUUCCAACAAUUUUCCUCCCCUUUCUCGUAAUUUUGAGAGGCAAAGAGGCUAUAAAAAUGCAGCUGCCUAUCCAAUGUCUCAACCAAUAAACAGAGGUCAUGAUGCUGGGAAAUUUGAAGCAUGGAAACGACGACCACCAGAUAAUAGGCCUUUUAUUGACAGACCUCAUCGAGUGCGUCAACCUGGUUUUCCUCCAAAACAAAAUUUUACAUCAGCUUUGCCUCUGGAAUCUGGAUGUGGUAUAAUAGUUAUCUGUUUUGACACUGAUUCAGCUCUACUCGAAGUGAUACACUAUGAAUCAACGGUCAAACUGAAAGCUGCUGUGAAUCACCUCUACACUUCUACCAAAGCUGAGGACCCCACAUGGGACACUGAUUGGCUCUCCCGCCCUCUUAUUAAACCGAAUUCUCCUCCUGGGCUCUUUACUACAGGCACUCAACCCCUCAACACUCUGCCCAAAAAAGAGAAGAGGCAGAGACACACUUCUCUGCUACUUUUUGAUCAAAAGUCACCACAGUCAGGGGCAAAGAUGGACUACGUUUAUGGACCAGGAAGGAAUCAUCUAUUUGUUCCAGGACCGGUUAAUAUUCCGGAACCAGUCCUUCGGGCAAUGAAUAGGAACAAUGAGGAUUACCGUUCUCCUGCAGUUCCAGCCUUGACAAAAACUCUUCUUGAGGAUGUGAAGAAGAUUUUCAAGACUACCUCAGGAACACCUUUUCUCAUCCCAACAACAGGCACUGGUGCAUGGGAGAGUGCACUUACCAACACGUUGUCUCCUGGAGAUCGGACUGUAUCUUUCCUGAUUGGCCAAUUCAGUUUGCUUUGGAUUGAUCAGCAACAACGCCUUGGUUUCAAUGUUGAUGUCGUUGAAAGUGACUGGGGUCAAGGUGCCAACCUUGACAUCCUGGCAUCAAAACUAGCAGAAGAUACUGCACACACUAUCAAGGCUGUUUGCAUUGUUCACAAUGAGACUGCAACUGGAGUUACCAACAAUUUGGCUAAAGUUAGAAAAAUACUCGAUGACUACAGGCAUCCAGCUCUCUUACUUGUUGAUGGAGUGUCCUCCAUUUGUGCCCUUGAUUUCCGUAUGGAUGAAUGGGGAGUUGAUGUGGCUUUAACUGGCUCUCAAAAGGCUCUUUCUCUUCCUACUGGGAUGGGUAUCGUGUGUGCAAGCCCCAAAGCUAUUGAGGCAUCUAAAACUGCUAAGUCGUUUAGAGUCUUCUUUGACUGGAAGGACUAUUUGAAGUUCUACAAGCUUGGAACAAUUUGGCCGUACACCCCUUCCAUUCAAUUGUUGUAUGGACUUAGAGCAGCACUGGAUCUCGUUUUCGAAGAAGAGCUUGACAAUGUGAUUGCAAGGCAUGCUCGUCUAGGAAAAGCAACAAGGCUUGCUGUGGAGGCAUGGGGCUUGAAGAACUGUACUCAGAAGGAGGAAUGGUUCAGUGACACGGUGACUGCAGUAGUCGUUCCCCCAUACAUUGAUAGUGCAGAAAUUGUUAGGAGGGCAUGGAAAAGAUACAACUUAAGCUUAGGUUUGGGUCUUAACAAAGUAGCUGGCAAGGUUUUCAGAAUAGGGCAUCUUGGCAACUUGAAUGAGUUGCAAUUGUUGGGCUGCCUUGCUGGAGUGGAGAUGAUACUCAAGGAUGUGGGUUACCCAAUAAAGUUGGGGAGUGGAGUAGCAGCUGCUUGUGCUUACCUGCAGAACAAUAUCCCUCUGAUCCCUUCCAGGUUAAGGUCUGGUUUCCGGGACUUUUUCUGGUUUCCAAUAUGGGCUUUUGGAGUGGAUGGCAUUUCACUGGUGAAGGCCACUUUUUGA